AUGAGCCGAAAGCUCGCCCCCGAAGCCAAUCGGAUUCUCUUCGUCAAGAACCUCAACUACAACGUAACGGCAGAGCAACUUUUCGACCUGUUUGGCAAAUUUGGUCCCAUUCGUCAAAUUCGCCAGGGUAUCGCCAAUAACUCCAAGGGAACCGCAUUUGUUGUCUACGAAGACGUCCAUGACGCAAAGCAGGCAUGCGAUAAACUAAAUGGCUUCAAUUUCCAAAACAGAUAUUUGGUCGUCCUCUAUCACCAGCCAGAGAAGAUGGUGCGGACGAAAGAGGAUAUUACGGAAAGACAAGAGAACUUAGAGAGGCUGAAACAACAACAUGGGAUAGAAUGA